AUGUGUGGUGUAGUGGACUCCUGCGGCCUGUGGAGGCGCUGGACGCUGCGCCUGAAUGCCUUGAAGAAGAACUCAUACAAUGCAAGCUUCUGGCGCAUGUUGCGCAGAUGGAGAGUGUCAUCCGCCGCACUGCGCACGCCGUGCUUCACACGCCUCACAGCUGAACUACCACAUCUGCGCGCACUGAGCCUGUGUGAUAUUACAGUGCCCUGCGGGACAGACGUGUGUAGUGGCCUCACGCACCUCACGCGCCUGUACCUGACACGCUGCACUCUGCACAUGGAGCUACAUCACCUGCUGCAGCUGUUGCCCUCCCGGCUCACGCACCUGUACAUGUGCGAGUGCGGCCUCACAAACCUGGACUCUGCGGCUUUAGUCCGACUGCGCGCACUCACGCAGCUGCGCUACUUUGCGUUCCACGGACACAGUAACUUGAGCUCUGUGCACAAGAUUCUCGCGCAACUGCCUGAGCUGAGGUACCUGUCUCUGUGUGUGGCCCCCACCUUUUCUACACUCCCCUGUCCCUCCCCCCUGUCCCUCCCUCUUGUCUCCCCCCACCCCCUCCUCAGCCUGGAGCUCCUCUCUCUUGAUUCCUCAUCAGACGUUCCUCUUGACCUCAUGAAGAAUCUGUCAUCUCUGAGGAGUCUCACCGUGAUGUUCAAAGCGCCAGUGAGACCACACCCGAGCGUGCGUGUGCAGUUCGGACAGUCUGAGGAGCAGCGCCUGCUUUAUCUCCUGGAGGUUCUGGUGGCCUGGCUGAAGGACCUCUCCUCACUCGCCUCCUCCUCCCUCUCUGCUCUGCUCCUGGAGAAUGGACCUCCCCUGCAGAGCUUUCUCCAGUUUAUUCCCUCGUCUGUGACCCGCCUGAGUCUGCAUGCUCUUUCCGUCCGUUCUGAAGACCUCCACACUCUGUCCACACAUCUGCCCCAGCUGCAGCACCUGCAGCUGCUUCCUCUCAGACCUCUUGACCUGGACUCUGUGUCUCUGCUCCUUGAGCUGUUCCCACAUCUGCACCUCCUCUGCUUGCACCUCCCCGGAGUUCCGCUAGUGCAGCUGGACAUGAAGGAGCUACAGGACCUUCGCAGGUGUCCUCCCUCCCGACUCCUCUCCAGAGUUCAACAGCUGCGUCAGGUCCAAACCCAGGAGGCGCAUCAGGAGUCAGAUGGAGCUGAAAGAGAGCUGCUGAGCUGUGGUUGUCUGCACCUCCUCCCAACGACGGUGUCCACCUGGGCUGAGACCGGACUGAAGGAACGUCUAAAGUAG